AUGACAUAUUUUAACUCGACCGUAUCAACACCAUGUUUAGACCUUGCUAUGGAAGGUGAACGAUUUUGUCGUGAAGGGGAUUGGAAUAAAGGAAUAUCAUUUUUACUCAAAGCAUUAACAAUCGGGACAGAUGAUCUCAAUUGUUUGUGUGUUAUCUAUUGUCAAUUAGGCAAUGCUUAUUUCCAUCAAAAAGAUUAUCCUAGAGCCUUGGAAUAUCAUCGUUGGAACCUUGCUCUAACUAAAAAAAUGGGCGAUAGACCUGGGGAGGCUUCUGCAACUGGAAAUCUAGGCAAUACACUUCAAAUGUUGGGUAAAUACGAUGAGGCAAUAUUAUGUUUCACCCAUGAAUUAGAAAUUGCUAGACAUUUAAAUGACAAGACAACUGAGGCUGGAGCCUUAUACAACCUGGGUAAUGUGUAUCAAGCUAAAGGGAAACAAUGGUUACCUGAUCCUGGUGAAUAUCCUGUUGACGCGGUUAAAGCACAGAGAAAAGCUGCUGAAUACUACAAGAUGAGCCUUGAAUUAGUUCGAACACUUGGUGAUCGACCAGCUGAAGGACGAGCACUUGGCAGUUUAGCUAAUGUUUAUUAUUUACUGAGUAAUUUUACUGAAGCAAUUGAUUGUUACAAAGAGCGUUUAAAAAUUGCAAAAGAAUACGGUGAUUUACCUGCUCAAAGACGUGCUCAUAGUAACAUUGGUAAUGCAUUCAUAUUUUUAGCUGAUUUCAACUCAGCUGUAGAACAUUAUCGUGAAGCAUUACAACUAUCAAUCCAUCUAAAGGAUAUAUCACUUCAAGCACAAGCAUGUUUCAGUCUAGGAAAUACAUAUAUUCUUCUAAGAGAUCCUGGAACUGCAGUUGUAUUUCUUCUGAGACAUUUGGUUAUUGCUCGUGGACUGGCUGAUCGUAUCGGUGAAGGACGAGCUCAUUGGUCUUUGGCAAAUGCUUAUACUGCUUUAAAACGAUAUGAUUUAGCAUUACGUUGCUCGAAACGACAUCGUCAAAUUGCUUUCGAAUUGGGUGAUAAUACUGGAUUUAUGACAGCUCAUUUAAUGAUUGGUGGAAUUCGUUGUCUAAUGAAGAGUGUACAGACAGAGUUUUCUGGUGUUAAUCGUGACAAUCAAACAGAUUCACAGGCUAUUCUAUCCAAAAAUUCAAUCUUGACUAGAACAACAUCAGUCCCUUCAUCAUCAUCAUCAUCAUCAUCAUCAUCAGCAGGAUUAUCACAUCGACAACAAAAUCAUAUUUUGGAUAUAAAUACUACAAGAUUGAAUAAUAAAACCAAUAAUAAUAAUAAUUCUACCUGUGAGAAUUCCACUGUCAAUUUACCUCCAAAUAGUACUAAUGGUACUGUUGUUACGCUUCCUUUUUCAUCUUCAUCUAUUACUGGAACUUGUAUCAUAGAUGAUAAUAAUGAAUUAAAAAUUCGGCCAAGUAAUUCUACACUUGAUAAUUGGAUAAAUUGUAACAAUAAACAUGGAUUGACGCCAAUAAAUCCAUCGAAUUCGACAGUAGCGUUGACAACAACAACAACACCAACAGUAUCUGAUAAUUCUAUAAUCAAACCAAUUGUACAACAAAUUCAUUCACAAACAUUUCAACCUUAUAUACAUAAACCAAUAUUAAAUGAUACUAAUCAUACUAUAGAUAGUUAUGAUUAUCAAGUUGAUAAUGAUAUAGAAUUGGAUAAAGAUUUAGAAAGAGAAUUAUUAGAAAGUUAUGAAGGUAUUCUUGAAACAGUAGAAUUUGUAACUGUUACAGAGGAUGGACAAACUAUCAUCUCUCAAAUGGGUUGUCUGGACGUUCCAACACCCGUAUCAUCAGAAUCUAAAAAGGAAAAUAUGGUUGAAUUCUAUCUGAGUACUCCAGCAUUUCGACCAAAUUUAUCACAACAAACUGAUCUAUCAAAUCUUGGAGAUAUAGAAGAGAACUUUGAAUCGAUUGAAUCAAUGUCACAGAUGAAUAGAAAUCCUAAUUUACCCAAUAAUGAUUUAGCAUAUAAUAGUAAUAUUGACUCAGGAAAUACUCAUACUACUACUACUACUACUACUACUAAUACUACUGGUACAUCAACAGUUACUGCUACUGCCACACCCGCUGCAACAGCAUCUCUAGUUGAAGAAGGACGUUUAGUUGAUCAACAAGAAAUGUUUUUCUCACUACUACUUGAAUCACAAUCUCGUCGUAUGGAUGAACAACGUUGUUAUUUACGCAGUAGUCAAGAUACUGGUACAAUUCAGUCUACUGAUGAAACUGUUACAACUAAUUCACCACAAGAAUUUAUUCAUAUUCAAUCAUCUGAAAAUUUUUAUCAUACUCCUGAUGAUAAUAAUAAUUCUCCUCUUCAAAGUCAUCAAUUAGGCGCAAAUGAAGAAGCCUUCUUUGAUUUGAUUGAAGGAGUUCAGGGUGAUCGAAUGAAUGAUCAACGAGCUAAUCUAUCUGUUUUCCCUGGUCUACGUUCUGGUCCAGGUCUUCAUUUCUUUGAAGGUGGCAAUCGAUAUUUCGGUUCAACUAAUUCAAUGUUCAAGUCAACCAGUAGUGGUGCAAGUGAUGGUCUUCCUGAACCAAAAUUAUUUAGUAGUAAUAGUGAAAGUGUAACUGGACUUUUGUCUGAUGCAACUUGUUGCAUGCAAAAAGCUGGAAGCAGCAGUGGAGGUGGAGAAGGAGGUACACGUGGACGACGUGGGCAUAUUGUUGUAUCAUCUACAGGUGGCGGUGGUGGUGGUGGUGAUUUAGACGAUGAAUUUUUAGAAAUGAUAUUUCGAAUCCAGACAUGUACACGAAUUAAUGAUCAACGAAGUAAUCUACCAGAUCCACUUAGUCAACUUCACUCUCAAACUAAUCCAACUAAUCAUCAAAGUGAUAAUGGGAAUACAACACAUAUAACUAGUCAAACAGUAGUAACAGUAUCUAAUUCACACAGAGAAUUAAUAUCAUACACUUCAUCCGAUGUUAUAACAUGUAAUCUUACAAAUCGUUGUUCUGCUCCAGCUAUUCUUGAUGAUAAUGAUGAUUUAUUUGCAUUGAUACAACGUGUUCAAUCUACUCGAUUAGAUGAACAACGAUGUUAUCCACCUUUACAACAAUCACAAUCAUCUUGUUUAUCAACUUCAUUAUCAUCAACAUCUUCAUGUAUAGAUCGUAGUGAAAAUACUAUUUCAUUGGAUACAACAUCAGGAAAUAUUGUUCGUAAAUCAAGCGGUCGACGUCGUGUUGGCAGUCGAAAUAGUAAACGUACAAAUCAUCAAAAUAAAUAA